AUGAAUUCCGCUGUUUCCAUAAAUAGAGACUUCAUUUGGACAAAUCAUGAAGAAGCAGAAUUGUUGUCUAGAAGCAUAAUUAGCAUCAUAAGAAGUAAAUGUUUAUUUUUGAUGCCUUCACGGUCUAUGACCAUCGUACAGCGUGCAGCACAACAAAGCACAGCGCACUCUCACACUUCCUGUCUCAUUCAAGUGUCACUCAAUGAAUUGGACGCAUCGCAGAUAUUUGUAAGCGAGCUGAAAGCCUACAAUCCGAGUAAAUAUUUAAAGAAAUACAACAGCAGAAAUGCAAAAUUACUUAUCAUGGAACUCACUCCAAAACUAGAAUCAUUUUGUCAGCAACGGGGCUUCGGUCCGUGUUCCGAGAUCCGUUUAAGGUCCGUUUCCUGUUCCGGAACAAGCUCCUCUUCCUGUUCCGGAACAGAUUUAUCGUUUGCGGAACGGUCCGUUUUUGUUCCGGAACAAGUUCAUGGUCCCCUUAAGAUGAGGAAAUUAUUUAUUUUUGUACAGGAAGCGUGUGGGGUCGAUGCGGAAAUGACAUAA